AUGCAUCUUAUUCUCACAGGGGCAACUGGGCUAGUCGGGUCUUCAGUGCUCGACGCCAUGCUCAGAAACACAGCAGUGUCCAAGAUCUCGAUCCUGAGCCGAAGCCCCGUUCGAAUGGCAGAAGACGCAAAAGAUCCACGUGUGCGCGUCAUCACCCACACAGACUUUGAAUCAUACAAGCCAGAGCUGCUCGAUCAAUUGAAAGAUGCGGAUGGAUGUGUUUGGGCUUUAGGAACAAGCCAAAACAACGUCAACAAGGAGCAAUACGUUAAGAUAACCAAGGAUUAUGCCCUGGCAGCUGCCGAUGCGUUUUCCACAAUCAAGCCAUCAGACCAUCCCUUCCGAUUCAUCCAUGUAUCUGGCGAAGGAGCCACCCAGACUCCCGGGCGAUUCUCAGCGAUCUUUGCGAGAGUAAAGGGCGAGACCGAAACGCUUCUCGGGACGCUAUCAGAGAGGAAACCGACCUUCAGGGUCGAUAGCGUGAGGCCUGCAUUCGUUGAUCCGGCGGCGCACGAUGCCAUCAAACCAUAUAUUCCGUCUGGCCCAGUGAAUGGAGUUGCCUUAAACUUUGCUAUCUCUUUGCUUGCCCCAGGUAUACGGUAUCUCAUGAAGUCGAUGCAUUCUCCAACGGAGCACCUUGGGUCGUUCUUGACGGAAAUGGCAAUGGGACGCCAUGAAGCAAAAUUGGAGGGUCCGGGGGUAUUCAGACUAGGAGGAGGUUAUGUUGUUGAGAACGCUGGUAUGCGAAGAAUUCUGGGGCUUUGA